AAGACAGCCAGCCAUGAGCUCACCGACAAAACUGACACCGGUGGUGUAUCCGGUCAACGACACCUCCCGGUCCGGACCCGAGCGCGAGUACCUGCAGAAAUUAACAGAUUUCGCCGCCGAGCAGGACCUGACGGAGGACUUGAGGGGUUACGUUCGGGAUGUGACGAUAGCCUUCACCGUCUUCGCGGGCGUCUUCGUGGGGUUGCGCUUUCUGGCCCGCUAUCGACAAAACGCCCGCAUUCUGAUCGACGACUGGAUGAUGGUGGCGGCUUUCGUAGUGCUGGUCGGAAACAUGAUCAUGAACCUGGAGCUUAUUAAGAUGGGGUUGGGACUGCAUUCAGGAGCCUUGACCCUUCCACAGAUGCAGCAGUUGAACGAGACCCUUGUCGGCGCCGAGAUUAUCUAUGUCACAGGCGUCAACCUGUACAAGAUCUCGCUGCUGCUCUUCUACUUCCGCGUCUUCCCCAUCCGUUCCGUUCGGCUGGGCGGCUACAUCUGCGGCGGCGUCUCGACGGCCUGGAACAUCGCCUGCAUUCUCGCGGCCACCUGGCAAUGCACGCCUCGCGAGAGGCUGUGGAUGCCGUGGCUCGACGGCACAUGCAUCGACCUGUUCCUCACGCAGCUCUGCAUCUCGGUCCCGAGCAUCCUCUGCGACAUCGCCAUCCUCUGCCUCCCGCUGCCCCACGUCCUGCGGCUCAAGACCAAUCUCUGGCAGCGGAUGCUGCUCACCUUCGUCUUCCUGCUCGGGAGCUAUGUCGUCUUCACGAGCAUCUACCGCUUCUACGUGUACUUGUCCUACACGACCGAUGACGUGCCAUGGUCGCUAGCCGACCCCUGCGCCUGGAACAUCAUCGAGAUCAGCAGCGGCAUCGUGUCGGCCUGUCUACCCACACUGGGCCCCCUCGUCCGCGACCUCUGGAAAUCCGCCUGGCCAACCAGCACGGGCGGCUCCAAGAGCGGCGGCCUCUCACACCAAAAGGGCUCCGCCGCCAUCGUCACCAUCGGCGGCACGGGCGGGCGCAAGGGCGGGGGCAACAGCGGCAGCGGCAGCGGCGCGCACUGGAACCGCCUGGACGAGAGCCCGUCCAACUCGCGCGACGACCUCGAGCUGGUGCCCAAGCACGCGGCCGGUCGCGUGCAUGUGAGCGUGCAUGCGAGUCCGAGGCCCCGGAGGAGGGGGAGUGAUGAGGAGUGUGGUAUUGUUGGUGAUGGGAGUGGGGUGGGUGGAGGGGAUGAUGGUGGGAGUGGGAGGACGGGGCGGACUGAUGAGGAUGGGGAUGGGUGUCCGGCGGAUGCGAUACGGCAGCGCACGGAUGUGGAGUGGAGGGUGGAGCAGAGGAGUUUGUAAAAAUGCAAUGUAAUGAACGAUACCAGGUCGAGACUGUGGGGCAGCGAGCGUUAAAAAGGUUGUUGGCAAAGUAAAAUAAUUUGGGAAGAAACGGAUUUAUUUUCCCUUCUAUCCAAGGUCCAUUGAAGAUAUGUUUUACCAGGGGGCUGAUAAUGCAUAGGUGAGUGCCGCUUGGGAUAUCAAUAUAGGUAGUGUAAAUGUCCCUUCAUACAUGGGAAAUGGUGUUGGAGUGACUGAGUUCGGGCG